AUUUCCGCCGAGUUGACUCGCGCGAGUUAGAUAAAGCAACCAUACGAGGCUUACACGUGUGGGAGAAGAUACAAAAAGGGAAAGCACACCAACGGGGAGUACCUGCUCGAUCGGCUCCAUUCACACGCACAGCACAAGCGCCGCUUACGUAGUGUAGGUCACCUUUUACACGUGGCUCACCUCCACCACUGCUGCCCUUUUUGCCCAUACGACGGUAAAGAGAAGAAAAGAAGCGGCAGGAAUACAAAAAGAAAAGCAUUCCACACUUCACUCAUCGCGAUCGAGAACGGCCACCAUGGUGAGACAGUCGCAGAGCAUGUACGAUAGGCACCUGACUAUCUUCUCCCCCGAUGGAAACCUCUACCAGAUAGAAUACGCCAUCAAGGCAGUGAAGAACACCAACAUAACUUCCAUCGGAGUGAAAGGAGAAAACUGUGCCGUAAUCAUUUCCCAAAAAAAAAUGGCAACGCAGUACAUCUCGCAAGACAAGCUACUAGAUUACAACAACAUCACGAAUAUUUACAACAUAACCGACGAAAUCGGAUGCUCCAUGGUAGGAAUGCCGGGGGAUUGCCUCAGUAUGGUGUAUAAGGCUAGGAUAGAGGCUGCCGAGUUCUUGUAUUCCAAUGGGCACAACGUUAACGUGGAAACCUUGUGCAGGAAUAUUUGCGACAAGAUUCAGGUCUUCACGCAGCACGCCUACAUGAGGCUGCACGCUUGCAGCGGAAUGAUCAUAGGCAUGGGCGAGGACAACAAACCGGGCCUCUUCAAGUUCGACCCGUCGGGAUUCUGCGCAGGGUACCGCGCGUGUGUGAUUGGGAACAAGGAACAAGAAAGCAUAAGCAUACUGGAGAGGCUGCUGGAGAAGAGGAAGAAAAAAAUACAACAAGAGACGUUAGAGGAGGAUGUACAAAACACCAUCAUCUUGGCUAUUGAAGCACUGCAGACCAUUUUGGCUUUUGACUUAAAGGCCAACGAAAUAGAAAUGGCGAUCGUUUCGAAGGCGAACCCCAACUUUACGCAAAUCAGCGAGAAGGAGAUCGACAACUAUUUGACCUUCAUCGCGGAGCGGGAUUAG